AUGGCUCCAACCAUUCAAUUCGCCACCUUGGCUGUUCUGUUCACCUCGGUCCUUGCCAUACCAGCCAAGGACAAGCACCACGAGGAGCACAAAGGCUCUCCUACUUUGCCAUUCAUCCCAACUGGCACUGGCUCUUCUGCAGAGCAAGACGCUGCACCAAAGUUCGGCAAGGCUCGUCGAGGCAACUGGAAGCCACACUGGGAGAUCAUUCCAGGCAUUCAUGGCCAGCAUCCUGUCCCAAGCGGAACGCUCCCAACUCCAACCGGCACUGCACCAAUUCCCACUGGCACGGCUUCAGUUCCCAUUCCAAAGGUCAACCUCUGA